AUGAAUGAAGAUCUUGAGUACCUUAAAAACAAAAAAAUAACAGAAAUAUUUGAGGGGUUGUUAGGUUAUGUUUAUUUCGAAAAGCCACAAAACAUAGUGGAGUCUUUAAUAGGAGAGCUGAAAAAAUUAGAAAAGGAGAGCAAAAUAAGAAAAGUGUUUGACGUGGAAGACAUAAAAGCUGUGUACAAUUUUUUAAAUUUGGAAAAUGAUAAAUAUAUAUCUAGAGAUAAAUGCAUUCUAGGCUUAAGUCAAUUUGUGUUGAACAAUAAGCAGAGGGAAUUUAUGGAAAAGGAAAAAAUCACAAAUGAUGUCGAUUUAGAAAUAUUCACUUCCUAUGCUGAAAAAAUAAUUAAUUUAUAA